AUGAAUAGCUGGUUGACUCUGGCCUCGGUCGGCGUCGCAGCAGCAGUGCUCUUGUGUCUCGUGGGAACUGCGAUAUACAACCUGUUCUUCCACCCACUACGCGACUAUCCCGGGCCUUUGUUAUGGAGGAUGAGCAGUUUCCCCUGGUGUUAUCACCAGAUAACGGGCAGGCGAACGCAUAUUCAAGCGAAACUCCAUCUCAAAUACGGGGAUGUCGUUCGUGUUCGGCCAGACGAGCUGAGCUACACGAGCGCGCAAGCGUGGAACGACAUCUACGCGCACCACCCGGGCAGGCCAGAGUUUCCAAAGGAUCCUCGGCGCCAAAGGCGCAAUCCGAACAAGCAAAGUCACAUCCUCGGCGCGAACAAGCAAGACCACUCCCGCUAUCGCCGCCUCCUCUCUGGCGCCUUUUCCGAAAGAGGACUUCGGCAGCAGGAAAAGCUCAUUAUGGGGCACGUCGAACUCUUGAUCGACAACCUGUCAAAGUUCGUCUCGACCGGUGAGAAGCUUGACCUCACGAAGUGGUAUAACAUGGUAGUUUUCGACGUCAUCGGUGACCUUGCAUGGGGCGAGUCCUUCCACUCCCUCCGCGACGGCAGGCUGCAUGCGUGGAUCCCCGCUAUAUCGUCGACGGUCAAAUUUGCGAUGCAGUCCAGCGUCUUCUACGAGUUCGGCCUGGACUUUCUUGUUCCCAUUUUCAUCUCCAAGACGGUCCGGAAACAGAGGUUGGCUAAUUACAAGUUUUCUGAGGAAAAGGUCAAUGAGCGGCUUAGACACGGUACUGACCGCGGGGACUUUUGGGACCGCAUCUUGAUCAAGAGUUCCAACGACGACAAUAACGGCGACGAUGCAAGAGCAGCGAGCGAGGGCAUGACUCGCGGGGAGAUGCUCAAUAACGCCAGCAUCAUGGUUCUGGCGGGCUCUGAGACGAGCGCGACAACGUUGUGUGGCAUGUCGUAUCUGCUUCUAAGCGACCCCAAGGCCAUGCAACGGCUCGUUCAAGAGGUCCGGUCAUCGUUCAAGUCCGCAGAAGAGAUCACGCUGCUGUCGGUUGGCCAGCUACCUUUCCUUGAUGCCGUUUUCCAGGAAACCUUGCGGCUCUACCCACCUGUCCCAACUCAUAGCCAGCGGGUUUCGCCUGAGGGAGGCGCAAGCGUUUGUGGCAAAUUCAUUCCUGGGAAUGUGAGUGUCGGUAUUUCGAUGAUGGGUGCGUGCCUCGAUCACAAGAACUUCUACCGAGCUUCUGAGUUUUGUCCCGAGCGCUGGCUCAAGGAUACGCCCUUGGACUUCAGAAUGGACAACAGGUCGGUGUACCAGCCCUGGAGCAUGGGAACAAGGAACUGUCUUGGUAGCAACCUAGCGCGCGCAGAGAUCCGCUUGAUAAUGGCGAAGGUUUUGUGGCAUUUUGAUCUUGGACUUGAAACAGACCUUAUGUAUGGAAACUGGUUUGACCAGAAUAUCUGGGGCGUAUGGUUUAAGAAACCCCUUUGGGUGUCGUUGAACCAUGCUGAACACGUCAGAUAA